AUGGUCAGGCUCAGAUUAGCUUCCUGGUUCCAUCCCGCUUCACCUUCACCCCCUCCUAACCCGUCAAAUACAGAGUUCAUGAAACAGGGCCCCAGACCUUCUGCACCCGAAUUAUCGACCAGCUCACCCGAGAAGAAACACCACUGUCAGAAGUGCGAGUCAGAAGACAUAGACAACAGCAGCAGCAACAUGGUCAGAGUUCCAGUAUCUCCCAAGAAGAAGGGGUCCAGCACCUCGCCAUCCCUGAUGAUCACGCUUACCCAGAAGAUCAGCAAGGAGACCGAGAAGGUCGAGGCCUACUUCCGAGAGAACGGCCUGCAGACUCCGAGUUUCGAUGUAGAUGCCCCCAACGACUUCCCGGACAUGCCGGAUGACAUCUCCCGAAGCCGAAGGGAAGUUAUUCAUGCUACUCAAGAACUGCAUGAUCUCAUGGUUGGACCCAGGGAGUCGGUUCGAUGGAUGGCUUGGGAUUUCAUCAACACACAAGCCCUGCAGUUGAUCAACCAUUAUGGAAUUGCCAAACUCGUGCCCCGCGAAGGCACCAUCACCUUCUCACAACUGCAAUGCCAAACCUCCCUCGACCCCGUCAACCUCGUCCGCCUCGUCCGACACGCCAUCACAAACCACGUAUUCCGGGAGCCCAAGCCCGGCUCCAUCGCGCACACCGCCGCCUCCCUCGCCCUCGCCUCCGACGAGUCCCUGCAAGCCUGGGUCGGCUUCAACACGGAAGACGUGUUCCCCUCCUCCGCGCACGUCCUCGACGCGCUCCAGCGGUACCCCGAGGCCACGAGCCUGACGCGCACCGGCUUCAACUUCGCCUUCGACACCGUGGACCGCGAGCCGAUGUUCGUGACGAUGGGGCAGGACGCGGCGCGCGCGCGGCGCAUGGCGCUCGCGAUGAGCAGCCUCGUCGCCGGCGAGGGGUACCAGCUCUCGCACCUGUCGUCGGGGUGCGACCUGUCGGACGUCGACGCGCGCGGCGGGACGCUCGUCGACCUGGGAAGCAGCCACGGCUUCGCGUGCGUGCACCUCGCGACGGUGUACCGGCGCAUGCGGUUCGUCGCGCAGGACCUGCCGAAGACGAUCGAGUGCGCGCCGGCGCCCGUCAGCGCCGACGCCCAGGUCGCCGCGCGCAUCGAGUUCCAGGCCCACGACUUCUUCACCGAGCAGCCCGUCCGCGGCGCCGACGUCUACUUCUUCCGCUGGAUCAUGCACAACCACUCCACGCCGUACGCCGUGAAGAUCCUGCAGAACCUGAUCCCGGCGCUGAAGAAGGGCGCGCGGAUCAUCGUCAAUGAUUACUGCGUUGGCGAACCGGGCACGCAGGACCCCUGGGACGAGAGGCAGAUGAGGAGCAUGGAUCUCGUCAUGAUGACGCUGCUGAAUGCGCAGGAGAGGGAUGAGGAGGGCUUUAGGACGCUGUUUAAGCUGGCUGGGGAGGGGUUCGUGUUUAAGGGGGUUACACGACCGAAGGGCUGCCGCAUGAGCAUCAUCGAGGCAGUUUGGGACCCAGAUGCAGCGACGGACCAGUCGAGCAAAUGA